AUGGAAAGUAGAGAAUGCGAGUAUCAGGAAAAUAGGUCACUUAGAGUGAGAAUCAAGAAAUAUAGUGGAAUUGGGAAAAAUGAAUAUCAUAAAUUGAAAAACAAAACAGAUAAAGGGGAAGGAAAGGCUGAUAAACAUAAUGAAGGAGAUUUGGAGAGACUAAUUGAUGUUUCUGGUGAAAGAGAAGAGACGGAUGUGUGUAAAGUUGAACUUCAGUUCCUGAAAAUGCCAAAAAUAACCAAUAAGAAGCUGAAAACAAUGAUCAAAGUGAAGUUUGAGGGUGAUUGUGAGGGAUAUGAAGUUGGAUUUUUGGUAAAAGAUGCGUCUAACGGGAGUGUGAUUGAGUUCGUAAAAAUAGACAAGUUUCUGCUUGAGGAACUCCAGUGGGGUCUCAAGGUAAAGUUUCUGUUGCCCUGUAGUUACGUAUGUGACAUUAGUUUGGUAUCAAAAGACACAUCAGGUGAUUCAACACAAACAAGUUCUAUGAUUUACAGGUGUUAUCCAACUAGCGGCACUGUAAUGGUCAAUAAUAAAUGA